UUCUCUAGAUCUCCCUCUUUCUCUCUCUCUUUCUCUCGUUUCAUGACUAUGGAAACACCAAAAGAUGAUCUUCAUCAGGAUAUAUGCUUCAAUUUUUUUAAAUUGCCACCUUCUCAAUGGGGUGAUCACUUCCUCAGUGUUCCCAUCACUGACUCGGAUUUUAACGUCCUUGCAAGAGAGAUUGAGGAACUCAAACCCAAAGUGAGAGAAGACAUAUUUAGUUUGUCUUCCGGUGCAAUAAAGAGGAAAAUACUUCUGAUUCAUUUGCUGAUAAGCCUUGGUCUCUCUUAUUAUUUUGAGAACGAGAUCGAGGAGACCUUGAAACAUGCUUUUGAAAAGAUAGAUGAUUUGAUCGCUGAUGAAAAUGAUUUGUACACAAUCUCAAUCAUGUUUAGAGUUUUCAGGACAUACGGUCACAACAUGUUGUCCGAUGUUUUCAACAGAUUCAAAGGAAACAAUGGCAAGUUCAAGAAAAGUUUAACAGAAGAUAUCAAGGGUAUGUUAAGCUUAUACGAAGCUGUGCACUUUGGGACACAGACGGAUCAUAUAUUGGAUGAAGCAUUGAGCUUCACACUAAACCACUUGGAGCCACUAGCUACAUGUCACAGAGCGAGCCCACCACAUCUAUUAAAGCUUUUACAAAAAGCUCUUCACAUACCUCAACACCGGAAUAGCCAAGCUCUAGUUGCAAGAGAGUAUAUUUCUUUCUAUGAACAAGAAGAGGACCGCGAUGAAACACUUCACAAACUAGCAAAGCUCAAUUUCAAGUUCUUGCAGCUUCAUUAUUUCCAAGAACUAAAAACUAUCACCAUGUGGUGGAGGGAACUAAACGACACGUUAGACCUCCCACGUAACAGAAAAGAAAGAACUGUCGAGAGUUGGUUCUCAGCACUGGUGAUCAACUUUGAGCCGCAGGUCUCACUUGGCAGAAUUAUGUCAGCUAAGUUAUACUUACUAAUCACUUUUUUAGAUGACGCUUGCGAUAUUCAUGGUUCAAUUCCUGAAGUUACAAGCCUGGUUGAUUGUCUUGAACGAUGGGAACCAGAUUACAUGGGAAAUCUUCAAGGUCACAUGAAGAGUUCCUUCCAAUAUGUGAUGUACGUUUUUAAAGAGUAUGAAGAAAUAUUGAGGUCACAAGGAAGAUCAUUUGUGCUGGAGAAGAUGAUAGAAGAGUUUAAGAUACUCGUGAGGUCAAACCUAGAGCUUAUCAAAUGGACACGAGCAGCUCACAUGCCUAACUUUGAUCAGUACAUGGAGGCUGGUGAGGCUGAGGUUGGUGCAUAUGUAGCAAUGGCAUGUUCUAUUAUGGGACUUGGAGAGAUUGGUAAGAAGAAAGAUUUUGAGUUGCUAAGAUCUAGACCAAAGCUCGUCCGUUCUUUGGCUGCAAAAACACGUCUCAUGGAUGAUAUGACCGAUUAUGAGGACGAUAUGAAGAAAGGAUAUACUGCAAACGCAGUCAACUAUUACAUGAAGCAACACGGAUUAACCAAAGAAGAAGCCAAUAUGAAAUUUGGGAAAAUGAUUGGAAAUAUCAACAAGAUCGUAAACGAAGAGUGCAUCAAAAUGACCAACAUUUCUCGUCCAAUUCUUAACCAGUUCAUCGGUUUCGGACGCUUGUUAGAUGUUCUCUAUACAGCAGAUGAUGUCUUUAACCAUCGCGAUGGAAAGUUCAAGGAUUAUAUAUUUACCUUGCUCAUAGAUCCAAUACAUCUUUAGAUUCUGGUG